CGCUCACAGGCAGACGACAUCCAACACCUCCACGGGUACCCCGCGCUCGGGCAGCAGGUCGGGGAGUGGAUCGACCGAAGUCGAUUCGUCCCGCGAUACAACGUCGCUCCGCGGUCGCAGGCACCCGUGCUGCGCCGGCGCGAAGCGGCGGCGUCUGAGGGGGCCGACAAGCUCGUCCUGCACACCAUGAAAUGGGGCUUGGUCCCGCACUGGAGCAAGAGCGAGUCAAAGACCCUGAACACCAUCAACGCGCGCUCUGAGAGCCUGGUUGAAGGGGGCGGCAUGUGGGGCAGCAUCAAGAGCAGGAAGCGGUGUGUCGUCCCAGCCCAAGGCUAUUACGAGUGGCAGAAGAAGGGGACGGAGCGGGUCCCCCACUUCACGCGGCACAAGACCGGAAAGCUGAUGCUCCUGGCUGGUCUGUACGACACGGCCGCCGUCGAGGGUAGGUCCCCGGACCCCCUGUGGACGUUCACCGUCGUCACGACGGCCGCGAGCAAGGAACUCGCGUGGCUGCACGACCGCCAGCCUGUGAUCCUCACGUCGGAGGCCGAUAUCCACGCCUGGCUCGACACCCGCUCGCAGACGUGGACCGCGGCGCUCAACACGCUCCUCGACCCCUACCACGACGCCGCCUCCCCCCUCGAAUGCUACCCCGUGCCCAAGGAAGUCGGCAAAGUCGGCGCGGAAUCCUCCACGUUCGUCGAGCCCAUCUCGCGGCGCAAAGACGGCCUCGAGGCGCUCUUCGCCAAGCAGCAG